UUUAGAGAAGAGAAUGAAUGAAAUGGCAUUGGGAUGCAGGGACACAUUCUUCAAGUGGGGCCGGCCGGCGCGGCGUGCAGCGCAUUCCAUCGGCCCGCUUUUUCCGCCAUGAAGUGCCUUCUCCUGCUCUUGCUUUUGCCGACGGGACCGACGGCCUCCCAGCAGAGAGGUCUGUUCCCAGCCAUUUUGAACUUGGCCAGUAACGCAGACAUUAGCAGCAACGCCACAUGCGGAGACCCGGAAGCAGAGGUUUACUGCAAAUUGGUGGAACACGUUCCCGGACGCUUAAUCAAGAACCCUCACUGUCCCAAAUGUGACGCCAACUCCAUUCUAUCCAAAGAACGCCAUCCCAUCACAAACGCUAUCGACGGAACCAACCGAUGGUGGCAGAGUCCGAGCAUCAAAAACGGCCGGCGCUUCCAUUGGGUUACCGUCACGCUGGAUCUGAAACAGAUCUUUCAAGUGGCCUACAUCAUUAUCAAGGCGGCAAACUCUCCUCGACCGGGUAACUGGAUUCUGGAGCGUUCCGUGGACGGCGUGACCUUCCGACCGUGGCAGUUUUACGCCAUCAGCGACUCCGAGUGCUUGUCUCGCUACAACGUCGCGCCCAGACUGGGACCCCCGACCUACAAAAGCGACACGGAGGUCAUCUGCACGUCCUACUAUUCCAGGCUGGAGCCUCUGGAGCACGGAGAGAUCCACACGUCGCUAAUCAACAGUCGACCCGGCGCGGACGAUUUGACUUCCGAACUCUUGAACUUCACCUCGGCCCGUUUCAUCCGACUCCGGUUACAGCGUAUCCGUACGCUCAAUGCCGACCUCAUGACUCUGAGCGCGCGCGACCCUCGAGACAUCGACCCCAUCGUAACCCGUCGGUAUUAUUACUCCAUCAAAGAUAUUUCUGUGGGAGGGAUGUGCAUCUGCUAUGGUCACGCGCGAAGCUGUCCGCUAGACCCCAUUAGCAAGAAACUACAGUGCGUAUGUGAACACAACACAUGCGGAAGCAGCUGCGACCACUGUUGUCCCGGCUACCGGCAGCUGCCGUGGCAACCGGGAACCAUCUCAGAGGGAAACACGUGCGAAAAAUGCAACUGUCACAAGAAAGCGAGCGACUGUUUCUACAAUCAAACGGUCGCCGAUCUCGGACUGAGCCUGGACGUUCGCGGCGAUCGCCGCGGAGGCGGAGUCUGUAUCGAUUGUCAGCAGAACACGGCCGGAAUCAACUGCGAGACCUGCGCCGAGGGUUUCUACCGACCUGAGCGGGUUUCUCCCCAUGACGAGUCGCCGUGCGUGGAGUGCGGUUGCCAUCCGAGGGGCGCAGAGUCUCCCGUUUGCAUGAGAGACGACGCUUUGCCAGGCACGAACGCGGGUCAGUGCGCGUGUAAAAAGGGCUUCGCCGGACGCCGGUGCGACCGUUGCGCUUUUGGAUUCCGAGAUUUUCCUCUUUGCGUUCGCUGCGAGUGCGACCUGGCCGGCAGCGUCAACGGCGACCCGUGCGAGGACUGCGUUUGCAAAGCCAACGUGAUGGGGGUGCACUGCGACCUGUGCAAAGCCGGAUUCUACAACCUGCGGGCCGCCGAUCCGCUGGGCUGCACCGACUGCUUCUGCUUCGGCGUGUCCGACGUUUGCGAAAGCUCCGCGUGGUCCACCGCGCAGUUGGUUUCCACAAACGCUAGACUCCGUCCUUCCACCCCGGCCAAUGAGCUUCCGGCGUCUGGCGACGCCUCCUCGGUCGGACGCCGUCAAGAACAUGAGCUGUCGUGGGAAGCGGCCGACGCUUUCCUAGGCAACAAGCUUUCGUCCUACGGCGGCCUUCUGAACUAUUCGCUAGCGUACCGAGGCUCACUGGACGACAAGCAACAUUUUGUCCCCGUCCACACCGACGUCAUCAUUCAGGGCGACGGGCGAACGCUCCGCCUCUCGGCGCUUCGCGCGCUCCUUCUCUCGCCGUCGGCCCGGCGCUCCGUAGCCGUCGAAAUGCUCCCGCGCCAUUUUGUAGAGGAACAAACGGGCGCGGCAGUUAGCCGUGACGACCUGUUGUCCGUCCUCGCUGAGGUGACCUCCCUGAAGAUCAAAGUUCACGCGAACGCCUCCGCCGGCGAAGCCGUGAGCCUCGUCUCGGUGUCCCUGGACGUGGCCGACUCCCGGGCCGCUUCCGGCGUCCGGGCGGUCGCCGUGGAGACCUGCCAAUGUCCCUGGGGUUACGGCGGUACUUCGUGUGAGUCAUGCCUCCCAGGUUUUUACAGGCUCGGCGGAGUUUUGUUCGGAGGAAAUUGCAUGCAGUGCGAAUGCCACGACCACGCUUCCGAGUGUGACGUCAACGGCGUUUGUCUGGGUUGCGGCCAUCACACCACCGGCCCGCAUUGCGAACAGUGUCUCCCCGGUUUCUACGGCGACGCCACCGAGGGCACGGAGGACGACUGUCGGCGUUGCGCGUGUCCUCUGACGGAGCCGUCCAACAGUUUCAGUCCCACGUGCGUGCUGGACUCCUUUGGAACGGUGACGUGUGACCAGUGUCAGGAAGGAUACACCGGCAGCAAGUGCCAGAAGUGCUCCGGCGGUUUCUACGGUAACCCGCAAGUAGUGGGCGGGACUUGCGUACGCUGCCAAUGUAAUGGCAACGUGAACGCCGAAGACGAGGGGCAUUGCGACGCCGCGAGCGGGGAGUGUCUACUUUGUCUUCGCAACACGGCCGGGAGGCGCUGCGAGAUCUGCGCUGCCGGUUUCUUCGGAGAUGCCGUGCACCUAAAGAACUGCCGAGAAUGCGAGUGUGACAUCAACGGAUCUCUGUCGAGCAUCUGCGACGUCACGUCGGGUCAAUGCGCGUGUCGAGAUAACGUGACGGGACGGGCGUGCGACCGCUGCCAGCUGGGCUUCUUCGGAUUGCGGAGCGCCUCGGGCUGCGCGGCCUGCGAUUGCGACCCGUCGGGAUCUCUGGAGGAGACAUGCGACGACGACGGACGCUGCCGAUGCGCGGAGGGCGUGGACGGAGAGAAAUGCGACCGCUGCGGCCGCGGAUACUUUGGUUUCCGUGCAGACGGCUGCACAGCGUGCGACUGCAACCGCACAGGUGGGAAUUGUCACCACCAAACUGGGGAGUGCAUCUGUCCCCCCCACACGGAGGGAGACACCUGCGACACGUGCCGGGCGGGAUAUUGGGGUCACUGUCCUAUUGCUGGUUGCAAGCCUUGUGACUGCAGUGCAGAAGGAAGCUCUGCCUCUCAGUGCGAUCUGGCCAAUGGCCAGUGUCCGUGCAGAGAGGGCUUCUCCGGCAGGCGAUGCGACCUGUGCGCUCCGGGCCACUACGGUUACCCGUCGUGUUCGCCGUGCGGCUGCGACGUAGCGGGGACGCGAGAAGAAUGGUGCAACCGAACGCUCGGAACGUGCGACUGCCGACGGGCCGGGGAGUGCGUGUGCAAGGCGGCCGUGUCAGGGCGGCGCUGCGAGGAAUGCGUUCGGGGUUUCUUCGCCCUGUCCUCGGACAACCCGGACGGCUGCUCUCCGUGCUACUGUUCCGGAGUCAGUCGGGAAUGCGAGGAGCGCGCCGGCCUCGUCAGAGCUCUCAUCUCAUCUACCCGUUCUCCCGUUCUCCUGCCGAUGGUCAGCCAGUCUAACCUGGAGGCCGUGACAUCUGGAGUCUACCGGCAGGGUGGCGACACGCUGCUGGACACCAGGCAGCUCAACACCAGCGGUCCGGGCGGGCCCCUCUACUGGAGACUGCCCCCCGAGUUCGAAGGCCAGCAGCUCCUGUCUUACGGCGGCGUACUGUCCUACGUGGUGACCUAUUACGCGGACGACGCCGAAGGUUUUGCCAAUCAAGAGCCGCAAGUGCUGAUGAGGGGCGGAGCCUUAAGGAAGCUGGUCAUCUACACCGAUACGGUCGCCCCCGAUAACGGCGUCAGGACUCGGCAUGACAUCAAGCUGACCGAGCACAAGUGGAAAUAUUUUAACUCGGUGUCGGAGAAGGCGGUAAGUCACAGCGACUUCCUGUCGGUUCUCGGCGACUUGCGGUACGUCAUGGUGAAGGCUUCGUACGGGACGGGACUGCGGCAGAGCAGGAUUUCUAACAUCUCCAUGGAGACGGCGCAAGACGAACAGGAAGCCGACCGGGCCGAGACGAGCGCGGCCCGACGGAUCGAGUCGUGCUUCUGUCCGUCGGGUUACGCCGGUCUGUCCUGUCAGGAAUGCGCGCCGGGUUUCUUCCGCCAGCCGCUGUCAGAGUUGUCGCCUCAGGCCCGGAAGUCUGCUUUCCUACGUCCGUGCGUGGCGUGUCGCUGCAACAACCACAGCGCCAGCUGCCACGUGGAGAGCGGGCACUGCCAGGAUUGCCGACAUCACACCGGCGGGCCCAACUGUGAUCUGUGCGCUCCGGGUUAUUACGGGAACGUCAGCGGCUCUGUUAGCGACUGCUCGCCGUGUGCGUGCCCUCUACGGGACAACAGUUUCAGUCCGACGUGCGUGUCGGAGGGAACGCUUGGAGACUUUCGCUGCACUUCCUGUCAAACGGGAUACGAGGGGCGCUACUGCGAGCGGUGUUCUCCGGGUUACUACGGUAACUCCUCAUUGCCAGGGGGGAAGUGCACCCCGUGCGGCUGCAGCGAGCGGGGCUCCCUGCACGCGCCGUGCGACACGCUGACGGGCGGGUGCCAGUGCAAACCCGGGUUCCGAGGUUCCACGUGCGAGGAGUGUGAUGAGCGCCACGUCUUGGAGGAAAGCCAAUGCGUGUCGUGUGACGACGAUUGCGCCGGUGCUCUGCUGGACGACUUGGAGGGAAUCCACCGGCGCUGGCGGGCCUUCAACAUCAGCGUUGUUGCCAUGGCGCCCUACCGCCAACUGGUAGCGCUCAACAAGAAAACCAGGGACAUGAAGCUGAUGUUUCCGGAACGCCCUACUUUGGAGACGGUCGUCUCCAGUGUAGAAGAAGAGUCGAUGCACCUAACAUCUGACAUCGGCGCAUUGAUAGAUCAGGCUGCGAGUGCGUCACGUGACCGGGAGGCGGUCAAUGACAACUUGUCGCUCGGGAGUCGGUUGAUGGAAAAGAUCCACGUCAUUCAAGAAAAGAUUGAAGCGCUCGACACUGAGGCGGAGCAACUGAACCGGACCGCCGACGAGGCGCUAGAAGCGGCCAAUCGGACGCGCCUGCUGGACCGUGUGACCUCCCUGUUGCAAAACAUGCGAGACCUCCGGCUCGGCCCGGCCGCCGAUUCGGCACGUCGUGAGCUCGGUCUCGCAGAGUCGCUCGCGGAGUCGCUCCGACGCCGCUUCCCGGCCGGCGCUGCCGACGGGCUCCGUCCCUUGACCGGCGCCCUGGACGCUAACGUUCAAAAGCUGCGAGAAGCGCAAACACGGAUGCAAGAUGCCACUAAAGAAAAUGGUCACACACAACUUGUGCUGAACGCCACCGAGGCGCUUCUCGCGAACUAUCAGGUGACCCACCAAAAUAUCAGUGAUGCGUGGGUUUGCGUGGAGGACAUGACGGAGGCUGCUCAACAGCUGCUGAAUGACAUGCUCAACCUGACAUUGGACUUCACCAACAUUAGCGUUCAGGCCGACACGCUGGGAAGCCAACUGGAUCAAUGGCGCCCGCCGCUGAGAACCAAAGUGGAGGCUCUGGUCGUUGGAUUGAAGAGCGGCGAUUCGCUGGAGAGGGUUUAUCGAGCGGAGAGCCACGCCCGCCUGCUUGAGAGCCACGCCCUAUCUCUGCAAAGCUAUCUAUCAUUGGCGCGGAACGCUUCAGAGAAGAGCAGCCGAUCCGCGGCACCGGAAGCCGACGUCGCGGAGGCCGUCGAGUUGGCCCGGCGAAUCGCCUCGGACGCCGUCCGCUCUGCCGACGUCGCUCUCGACCAGACCGACCGACGGGAGCUUUCGGCGGAGGGCGGUGCCAGACCGAGCGAGAUAUCCGCCGCUCUCGACGAAACUCGUGCGAUCGACCGGACAAACCGAGACUCGCUGACAAAGGUCUCGGCGGUCACCGGCAGACUGCAGAUGCUGAGAGCGCGCGUGGCGAAUACCGGCGUCCUCCUCCGUCGGCCGAUCGCGGAGCUGCAGAACCUCUCCGACGGAUCGCCGCGAGCGCAGGAGGCCCGAUCGGAGGCCGCGCUGGCUCACUCCAGUCUGCGGGAGGCGUUGGAGCACUUGUCCACGCUCAGGGAGCAGUUGCGCGAUUCUUCUUACGUGGUGGAAAAAACCAACCUGAGCACGGCAGAGGCCAACCAGCUGAUGACGCGUACGCAUUUGGCAGCAAACGAAGCGCGGCGUCAAUUGGAAGAGGCGGAGCUUCGCACGCGGCAUUUGAGUGACAAAAUCAAGCCCUUGAGCUUGCUGGGAGAGAGUCUGAGCAGGAACCUGUCCGACAUCCGGGAGCUCAUCUAUCAGGCCAGGAGACAAGCGGCGUCCAUUAAGGUGGCGGUGCAAGCAGAUGGCGACUGCGUCACAUUUUACCGACCCCAAAUUCAGUCCGGCAACUUCAACACCUUGACGUUGACGUUGAAGACCAAAAGUCCCGACAACCUGCUCUUUUACAUGGGCAGCAAGACUUCGGUGGAGUUCCUCGCCGUGGAGAUGAACGACGGGAAAGUUUCUUUACUCUGGGACGUCGGAUCAGGCGGCGCCAGGCUGGAGUAUCCGGGACAGGACAUCGCUAACAACAAAUGGACAACAAUCAAUGCCACACGGUUGGGCGCUCGGGGGUUCCUAUCCGUACACCAGCUGGAAGCGACGCCGUCACAGACGGUGACGGCGACCUCGCCCGGACAGGCCCGCGUUCUACACGUGGGCAAUGACACGGUCGUCCACAUCGGAGGACUGGCGGAUGACUCCCAGAAGCCGGCGGCGUUGCGUCGGUCGACGUUUCGGGGCUGUUUGGGCGAAGCGUCGCUCAACGAGAAGAACAUCGGCUUGUGGAACUACGUCAACAGACAAGGACGGUGCGGAGGGUGCUUCAGCGGUCCACAGGCGGAGGAGACGGCUUUCCAUUUUGACGGUUCCGGAUUCUCCGUGGUCCAAAAGUCUCUGCGAGCCACGUCCACUUCCGUCGUCUUGCUGUUUAAAACUCUGUCGCCGAGCGGCUUGCUCUUGUACCUGGCCUCCAACAACACUAGGGACUUCCUGUCCAUUGAGCUAGUGGAGGGCUGCGUGCGUCUGACCUAUGACCUCGGGUCCGGUCCUCUGGUCUUAACAUCCGGCAGGAAGUACAACACGGGCGUGUGGUACAAGGUCACGCUGCAAAGGAACCGACGCAAAGGUUACCUGUUGGUCAAUCCGGCUGACCAAUCUUCAGAUAAAGAGAUGUUGGAGGCGGAAUCGCCCGGAACCGCCUCCGAUCUCAACCGUUUCGACCUGGACCCCAUCUACAUUGGCGGACUGCCCGCUUCCCGACCGAUCAGACGACAAGUGAUCUCCAGGUCCUACAUCGGCUGCAUCAAGAACGUCGAGAUCGCCAGGCUGAACUUUGACCUGCUGAGGGAUGCCUACGGAGUGAGAAAGGGCUGCGUUCUUGAGGCGGUGCGAAGCGUAUCGCUUUUAAACGGCGGUUACGUUCAGAUCGCUCCUCCUUCAUUGGAGCAGGAAGCGGAGAUUCUCUUCUCCUUCAAAUCUAACAACCAGUCAGGAAUCCUGUUGGCCGCCUUGACCGAAAAGCCUUCGCAGCGUCGGCACUUUCUGUCCGUCCACCUGCUCGCCGGGUCUUUGCAAGCGGAGCUCGGGGAGGUCGGCGCAGAGGGCCGUCGGGCAGCGGUCGCGGCCGGAGGCGGAUCCUUCGCCGACGGAUCGAGACACUCGGUCGUCCUUCACUUCAAUAGGAAGUCGUUUUCCCUUCAAGUUGACGAAGGAAACGUUAAAUGGGCCACGCUGUCACCGGGCGGAUUGUCCCGCCUCUCCGUCGCCUCUUUUUUCAUUGGGGGACUGCCUUCGGGGGAGGAGUCGCAUUUGCCAGUCCGAUUACACAAGAUAGCCAAGUCGUUCAGAGGAUGCGUACAGCACCUGGUGCUCGGCGACCGGUUUAUCGACCUGUCGGCGGCUAUAAAGUAUGAGGGGGCGGUCCUUGACCGCUGCCUACUGGAAGAGAAAGUCACAGGGGCUUUGCUCCCCGAAGAUCUGGACGCGGAACCCACCCUUGAUCCUUCCCGCCUGUCGGCGGCCCCGCCUACCCACCCGAGCACCGUGACCCCCGCUGAACUAACGUGUACGCCGGAAACGGAGUUCAGCUUCCUGCCCACGGCGGCGCAGUUUGGUUCAUCGCGGCACAGUCACAUGACAUUUCGGGUGGAGCCGGCCGCCGUGCGCAAGAGCGCGUCGCUGCGGUUGUCGCUUCGAACUCGAGCUCGGGACGGGUUGCUGCUGCUCCUGUCCGACGGUCGCCAGAUGGACUUCGCCGUACUGCGGCUGGCGGGCGGGCGGCCGCUGAUGUCGGCGGAUCUCGGGAAGGGCGUCGCCACCGCCGCCUCCUCGGUCGCCGUCGACGACGGAAAAUGGCACACGGUGAGCGCGGACGUCGGGCGGCGCUCCGUCUCAGUCUCCGUGGACGCCUCGGCUCCGGACGUGGCGACGGUCAGAGGGAACCAACUGGACGUCGACGGCCGACUGUACUUGGGCGGACUGCCGCGUGCGCACGAGGGCCGGAGAAUAAAUGUGACGGCGAGUUUCCCGGGUUGCGUUCACUCCGUGAGUCUGAACGGGGCGAUGCUGGAUCUCUCGCGACCGGACUCGCGACACGACGUGGCGUCCUGUUUCAGGAGGGACGAGGCGGGGAGUUAUUUCAACGGCAGCGGAUACGCUGUACUGAUGCGGGACGGUUACAAGGUGGGCUCCGACCUGUCCGUGUCGCUGGAGUUUCGCACCGGCCAAUCGCAAGGCGUCUUCCUCGGCAUCAGCAGUGCCAAAGUGGAUGCCAUUGGACUGGAGAUGAUCCGAGGACAGGUGGUGUUUAACGUGAAUAACGGGGCAGGAAGAGUUCGAAUGGCUUCCGGCGGUCCGGCGCUGUGCGACGGACGCUGGCACCGCCUGCUGGCACGAAAGACCAAGCACACCCUUACUCUGAGCGUGGACGGGAGGUUCAGCUCCAUUCCAAAUCCCUACCCGCAAUCCACCUCGGCCGAGACCAAUAACCCCGUGUACGUGGGCGGCUACCCAGACGGAAUCAAACAGAAUUGCCUGUCGAUUAACACGGCCUUCAGAGGUUGCCUGAGGAACGUCCAUCUGGUCAAGUCUCACCUCGACAGCCAUCUCGACAUGAGCCGAGCCCACUUUUCAUCGGGGGUCACGCCUAACUCGUGUCCUGCCGUCUAGCGAAGCUUCAACUUUUUUCUUCUAAUAAAGAAAGACCUGAACAUUUUUGCUGUGCUCCAAAUUUAGUGAGUUGCCAUUGAGAUUUCAGAGUGUAGUACUGGCAGUUUUAGCCCAACAUUUCUGAUCUCAGCUGAUGCAAAACUGC